AUGCACCAGAAGAACAACGCCGCCGCGGCAGCUUCACAUGAGAAUGGCGAAAACGGCGAGGAUGACAAGGCGGAGAACGAGGGCGAGGAGCUGAAGAACCCGUUUGCGGAUGAUGAGGAAGACGAAGAUGAUGACAGCGAUGACGGCAACAACGACCAUCACGGGACAGGAGCGGCAGCAGCGGUGACGGGUGCAUGGGGCGCGGCAGGCCGGGGAUCGUGGUGGCGUGGAAUGGCGGGACGGAGUGGGAACCAACGGUUCGACGGGCAAGACGACUCUGACGAGGAAGAUAACGACGACGACGAGGAGUUUGGCGACUUUGCCAUGCCCGAGGUCGACCCCGCGCCCGAGACCGACUCUAAUGACAACGUCAUUCUGAAGCCGCUUGCCGUGCAUCCGCCUCAGGGGUCCGGGGGUAAGGCGUUUAGCGGUAUUUGGCCCUUCUCAAGCGCAAAGGAUAACAAGGAUGAGAAGACGAGCGGCAAGGAGGGAGAAGAGACGGUCACUGGGGACGACGAGAAGCCCGUUCAAGCUGCUGUAGAGGCGUCUCGGAGGACGAGCAUUGAAGACCCGGAUGACGAUGAGGAGGUGGUUGUGCAGAAGCCGUCGAGCCUGUGA